CUCUGUGUAAAGUCUGCUGACGGACACUAACACAACUCCAGACACUCCACAACACAGUGCUGUGAUUUGUUGGGUUUUAAAUAUAUCUCAUCUCUAAACUCUCUAAAUGGACCAUUAAAGGACCAUUUAAGGAUCAUUAAAGUCACAGUGAGGCUCAGACAGAAGAUUUGGACUCACGUUAAAACUAAACCCGGCAUCUGUUGAGGAAAUGGCGACAUCAGGACCUCUUUCAGGAGAAGAUUUUUUAUGUCCUGUUUGCUGUGACAUGUUCAGAGAUCCUGUUCUGCUCUCAUGCAGUCACAGCAUGUGUAAGACGUGUCUGCAGAUGUUCUGGAAAAUCAAAGAAUCCCUCGAAUGUCCAAUUUGCAGGAGAAAAUCCUCAAAAAAGGAGCCUCCUCUGAACCUGGCCUUGAAGAACCUGUGCGAAACGUUCUCGAAGAGCCAAAAAUCCUCUGCGGCGUCUGACGUCGUCUGCAAGCUGCACAACGAGAAGCUCAAACUCUUCUGUCUGGAAGAUCAGCAGCCUGUGUGUGUGGUGUGUCAGACCUCAAGGAGACACAAAAAUCACAAGUUCUGCCCUAUAGAUGAAGUUCUGUGUGAUGUUAAGGAAGAUCUCAGGAGUGCUUUGGAGCCUCUACAAAAGAGUCAGACACUGUUGGAAAAUGCUAAACAAAAUUACAUCAAAGUUGCGUCACACAUCAAGAGUCAGGCCCAGAGCACAAAAAGACAGAUAGAGAAGGAAUUUGAGAAGCUUCAUCAGUUUCUAAGAGAUGAAGAAGCAGUACGGAUCGCUGAUCUGAAGCAGGAAGAGGAGCAAAAGAUUCAGACGAUAAAUAAGAAGAUCGAAGAGACGACUCACGAAAUAGCUCGUCUUCAAGACAUCAUAAUAAAAACAGAGGAGGACAUGAACAUAGAGGAUGUGACGCUCUUACAGGAUGUCAAGCUCAUGGUGAAACAAGUUCAGUGCACAACAAAUCCUCCAGAACAAGAGACAAAUCUGCUGAUUAAUGUUUCUAAACACAUUUCUAACCUGAAGUUUAAAGUCUGGGAGAAAAUGCAGGACAUCAUCCAGUACACUUCUGUUACUCUGGACCCCAACACUGCACACGCUCAGCUCCGUGUGUCCGAAGAUCUCACUGUUGUGGAACACAGAAAACAGGAAGUGCUGCUUCCUGAUAAUCCAGAGAGAUUCGACAGCGUUACGUGUGUCCUGGGCUGUGAGGGCUUUAAUGGAGGUUCGCACUUCUGGGACGUCGAGGUUGGGGACAGUGCAGUCUGGGAGCUGGGAGUCAUCAGAGAGUCUGCUCUGAGAAAGAGGAACUCCUUUUGUAAUGCAGUGUGCAGCAUGAGCUACAGUAAAGGAAGUUACCACACGCUCUGCCCAGGACAGGCAGGUGACAUCUUCAGAGCUAAAGACAAACCACAGAAGAUCAGAGUGCAUCUGGACUGGACGAAGGGGAAAGUGACAUUUACUGAUCUUCUGACCAAUUCACACUUACACACUAUAACACACACUUUUACUGAGACACUCUUUCCAUUUUUCUAUAACGGCUCUCAAUCUCGACCUCUGAAGAUCUUACCAAUAAAACAGACAGUGACAUUAAACACUUACCUUUAACACCACAGAACAAAAACAUCAUCACCAUCUCUGAAAACCUGAACAACAAAAAUCCACCUUUAGCUCAUCUAUAAAAGCAUUAAAGUGUGUUGUUCUGUAUCAUGACACUCAUUCAGUAUCGAGUUUGAGCAAAUAUACCACAACACUGUUCAGCUCGUAAUUCUGAUUGGUCAGGACUUGAUUAAAAUGUUGAUUCAUUUUCCAGAACAUCAGUUCUGACAGUAGUGCAGCUGCGAAUCUCAAAUUUAUAUAACUGCAUUGUUCAGAUACGUGAUUGUUUCUAUAGUAACAACACAAAGAGGGACAGCAGAUGCUUCAAAAAAAAAUGGACUUUUAAAGAAAGUUGGUAAUCAUUAAUAAAGGGUGAAUUUUUCUCUAAGAAAA